AUUCCUGAUGGGUUUGAGAUCCCGGUUUCUUUGCCUGAGUUUGAAUUAAAAGAUCAAACAGAGAAUGAAACCGUUGAUGGAAAACUGAAAAAAAAAUGAAUACAUCCUGCAAAGGAAAGAAUACAUUGGUAACCCCCAUGUCGCAGGAACCUGUGUUAUGUGACAGUGUCAAUCUCACAGACAUGGAGAAUUCCUCAUCGACAGAACAUACAAACACACAAUGUGCAUCGUCUCGUGUUAAGGAGGAGUAUGAACAAGGGACUGUAUCAGACACAGACCUCUAUAUACCUGCGCAGCCUAGGAAGACAAAAAACGGUUCUACUCAUGUUCAGGAGAAAUCAGCGUUAUGUGAAGAGAGGGAAUUGGCACAUGCUGACAUUGAUACAGAUAAUAUGUCUAUUAAUGUUAAGGAAGAAUCCUCAUGUGAAGACAAUGUUACAGAUACUAAGACACCAACAGACCUUGCACAGACAGAAGAUACAUUUACUGAUAGAAAAGGGGAAUCGCCCAUAUGUAAAGAAGGAAAUGUCACGGUCCCUGACAUUUAUAAACACACAAAACAUAAAAAAGCUGACGUACUAACUGCUCCUAUCAAGGAGGAACCAACUGUAUCUAUAAAUCUAGCAGAAAGCCACAAUCGUACUUUAACAGAACACAAACGAGCAAAAGAUAAACCCACUUAUCUUGAGAAUAAUCUAAAAAGCAAACCAAAUACACAGAAAAUAAGGUUAAAAACACCCUUAAUUAAAUGUAAAAAGUCUGAUAAAGAUAUGAAUGAGAAAUCUUGUAAAGCGUCCCAGAACUCCCAAAAUUCAGAGGCAAUAUUCAACUGCUUGGGGUGUCAAGAAACCGUUACUAGAAGUCCAGACCUUGUCAAGCAUCAGUCAAUUCACACAGAAAACACAAAGGCUACUGAUGGAAGAGUUAACAUCUCACAUUCCAAUUCAGACCACAUUAUACAUGAAACGAAUCGCAGAGGAAAGAAACGAUUUUCCUGUUCUGAUUGUGGGAAAUGCUAUACUCAAAAACAUAACCUUGUCAAACACAAAAUAAUUCACACAGGAGAGAAACCAUUCUCAUGUCCUGAUUGUGGGGAGAACUUCAGUCAGGUUUCUAACCUUGUUGUGCAUCAAAGGAUUCACACAGGUGAACAACCUUACUCGUGCUCUGUAUGUGGGAAAAACUUUACCAGACGAGCUAAUCUUAUUCGACAUCAGAGUGUUCACACGGGAGAGAAACCGUAUGAAUGCAGCGAAUGUGGGAAAUGUUUUGCACACAGUUCGUCUCUUGAUAUACACCAGAGACUUCACAAAGGAGAAAAACCUUUCUCUUGUGCUGACUGUGGGAAGUGCUUUAGUCAAACUGCAAAUCUUGUUGCACAUAGACGGAUCCACACUGGAGAGAAACCAUUUACAUGUUCCGAAUGUAACAAGGGUUAUAACGAUAGGUCAAGUCUUGUAGUACAUCAGAGGAUUCACACAGGAGAGAGGCCAUUCUCAUGCUCUGUAUGUGGGAAAUGCUUUAUUAACAGUUCAAAUCUUCUUAAACACCAAAUGGUUCACACAGGAGAGAAACCAUUUUUAUGCCGCGAGUGUGGAAAAAGUUUUACCCAUAGUUCCACACUAAUAAUACAUCAGAGGAUUCACUCUGGGGAGAAACCAUUCAAAUGUUUUGAGUGUGGAAAAUCGUUUAUUUGUAGCUCCUCUCUCAUCAAACAUCAGAGGCGACACAAAGGAGAGAACCCGUACACAUGUACAGAAUGCGGGAAAUCCUUUAUAAGCAAUGCAAAUCUUAUAAUCCAUGGGAGGGUUCACACGGGCGAAAGGCCAUUUUCUUGUUCUGAAUGUGAGAAAUCUUUUAUUCGUGGUUCUGCUCUAAUUAAGCAUCAAAAAUGUCAUGAAGGAUAGAAGACCUGCACAGGUUGGAGAUUCGUGUACAGACUUACACUGU